GCAGGUCAGGGAGGAAAGGCAAAGGGGCUGCCGCCGGGGAGCCGCCGCUUGCGCCCCAGAGCGCGCGCCCGGACCGACGCCGGCGGCGGGGUCAGGGGCCGCUGUUGCGCAGGGCGCUCCGUCGCAGCAGCAGCAGCAGCUCGGAGGAGGACCAUGGUCUGCGGGGGCGGGCGGCAGCGGCGGCUCCUUGGCGGCGCGUUGCUCUUCCUGGGACUCCGGUCGGGUUUGCCGCUGCUUCGGUCCAGCUUCCUUCACACAGAGUUUGAGAGAAGACCGUCCAAGGUGGUCACGCAGGCCAACAUGAAGGUGGAGCUGCUUCCAGCCCUCACGGACAACUACAUGUAUCUCAUCAUCGAUGAGGACACCAAGCAGGCUGCCAUAGUGGACCCCGUGCAGCCUCAGAAGGUUGUGGAUGCCGUCAGAAAGCACAGGGUGAAGCUGACCACUGUUCUUACCACACAUCACCACUGGGACCACGCUGGUGGCAAUGAGAAACUUGUAAAGAUGGAGCCGGGGUUGCAAGUAUACGGGGGAGAUAGCAGGGUUGGAGCCCUCACCCAGAAAGUCUCUCAUCUUAUGUCAUUUCAGGUGGGCUCUCUCAGCGUGAAAUGCCUCUCUACCCCCUGCCACACCUCUGGACAUAUCUGCUAUUUUGUGACAAAACCCAACAGCUCCGAGGCGCCGGCCGUGUUUACAGGGGACACGCUCUUUGUAGCUGGCUGCGGGAAGUUCUUCGAAGGAACCCCUGAGGAAAUGUACAGGGCCCUGAUCGACGUCUUGGGUAACCUCCCGCCUGAAACGAAAGUUUACUGUGGUCAUGAAUACACCAUCAACAACUUGAAGUUCGCCCGGCACGUGGAACCCAAUAACAGCGCCAUCCAGCGGAAGCUAUCCUGGGCAAAGGCAAAAUACGAUGGUGGGGAGCCAACCAUCCCGUCAACCAUUGGCGAGGAGUUCACAUACAACCCCUUCAUGAGAGUGAGAGAGAGAACCGUGCAGCAGCAUGCCAAGGAAGAUGACCCAGUCCGGACCAUGGGGGCCAUCCGGAAGGAAAAAGACAACUUCAAGGUGCCAAGAGAUUGAAGCCUCACUCCGUUUCUAUACCACUUUUCUUUCUUCCCACCCUCCCUCCGAAAAUUGAUUUUAGUUUUACUGCUGUGUCAUUGCUCUAUUCUGUUUAAAACCAUCCCUGUAUAGGAAUUUUAAUUUUGUCUUAAAAGCAACGAUGACAAAAAGCACUUUGUUCUUGCUGGAGAGCUUCUAGACGCUAUUUUUUAAAAAAUGUUAAAACCUAAUUAUUCUUAAAUCUCUGGAUUUCAGCCUGUGUGUAGCAGUUACCUUCGUUUUGUCUUCUGCUGUUGUGCAUGGAAGCAGUAGCAGCUCCUCCGGCCUAGCCUGGUGGGGGGGUCAAACGAGGCACAGCUGCCUCUGGUUCUCAGUUGCUCCCCUUCCAUCCCACCCCACUGCACUGCUGGCAGGCUGGCCAUUUGACAGGUAGAGCUGUGCAGCUCUACCUGAUGAAUGGCCAGCCUGUAGACAGUGGCUCUCACUAACACCAGGGUGGGAUGCAGGGAGGAUCAACCAGGAGCUACCAGGAGCAGCUGUGCCUCACUUGACAAUCCUGCCCCGGCUCAUUCGGACAAGUUGCUACUGCAUGGAAAUCCUCCUAGAUACAUUGGCAAGGGCUGCAUGCUCCGUACGCUUGUUGUCGGGGCAAAAUGUGGGCAAGCGGCUGUGCCCGGCGGGUCUGGCUUUCCAAGGAAGGCAAAGCCGAGCCCUUGGCCUCUUCUGCACUUUCUCUCCAGCUGCUUGGAAACCUCAUUAUUAUUAUUAUUAUUAUUAUUAUUUUCAACCAGCUCGUGUCUUUUUUGUGAGGCUUGGAAGGAAGACUUCUCAUUCUUUAUCUGCUGGGCACAACCCUCCACGGCAUGUUGGCACCUUCACUGCUCCGGACGCUUAGCCCUCCAAGGUCUCUUUGCCCUCUGAGGGGUUUGAAAUGCGGCCUGUGGCUCUGCUCCGGAAGCUGUUGUGGCUGGAAAACCCCCUCAGAAGCGGCAAAGGAGCCUGCACUACCUCUGCACAGGUGACGAUCCGGUGCGAUGCAUUCCCAGCGAGGGCAAUUCUCCCUGUCCUCAUUCGGGAGCCGACUUGUGGGGAACAGUACCCUCCUGCCCCCAGAAUUCUUCAGAGCAGGGCAUCCCAAGCUGGGGUGCCCAGCUGCUGUUGGACUAGAACUCCCAUUGCCCCUGGGAGUUGUAGUCCGGCCACCCCAGGAGAUUCCCGGAAUUCUUUUGGGGGAAGCUGUGACAGUUAAAAAGGCUUAAGAGCUAUUUAAAGGAGAUGUGCCCCCUUUGUGGCUGGCCAGACACAGUAUUGCUUCGAACCCCUUUCAGUAUGGCCAGCUCAUUUCCCCCCACCUGCUUCAAAUGUCCUCCCCUGUUGAUUCAGCGAUGGCACAUUUCCAGAUUCAUCUGAGAGAAAUGAGCUAGCAUGUCCAGCAGAAGGGACAUGUCGCUCACCAGCUUCAUCUGUCCUGGCUUCCCCUCCUCAUGCCAAGAAACCCGGGAACUGGGAGUCCGUGAGAGCAGUUGGACAUCUCUUCCGGGACCCAUCUCAAGAUAGCCUCCUAAACGUCUAGUCCAGUUCUCCCUCUAACCGGGAUUCUCAGAUGCUGUUGACUACAACUCCCAGAACCCCCGGCUGCAAUAUCUUUUGCUUGGGGAUGAUGGGAGUUGUAGUCCCAAAACAUCCUGCUGGAGAAAGUGGUGGACACGUUGUAACAUAGAACGCCCUGCAUUGUAAGAGUUGCAGUGAUUUGUAAAUAGCUUCGCCACAUUGUGACAGGGACGGGAUACAUGUUGGGUUCUCUUCUCCUUUUAAAAAAGAACAGGCAGGCAGCUGUUCUGCAGGUGUGGCUUGUCGCACCUACCUGACGAAUAGCCAGCCUCCAGGCAGGGUGGGAGAGAGAGGAACCACCAGAACUGUUGGGGAAUCAGAGCUAGCUGUGCUCCCCCCCAGCUCAUUAGGACAAGCCACUACUGGAGAGGUUGAAUGUAGUCCUCUUUCCAACAUUGCUGCUUUAUUGCCCACAAAAAGAGAGGGAUGGGUGUUUGUGUGGCAGGAGAGCCAGCCAAUCCAGGAUGGCCUUGCAGCACUCCUGACCUCUGCUGCACCAUUCCUUAUAUACGGCUGCUAUGAUUGGGUGUGCUUGAUAAGCGUGGUGGGAGGGGAGCAGGUGAUUGGUUCCUAAGGAAGCAUUAAGGGGACGACUGCCGUCUCCUGGUCUGGAAGUAAUACACAUGGAAGGAAAUGCUCUCCUCUGUUGUCAAUAAACAUCUCCUGCACUUA